AUGGUAAUCGUAUGCUUUCCUGGAGACGAAGCAACACCUCUUAAGGGUAAACCAGGUGCUACAGUUAGCAUUAAUAAGUUUAUUCAUCUAAUUAUUAGUUUGGAUGAUGUGAAAGUGGUGAAGAAUGCGAUGAAUAUGACGGUGAAUGAUGUUCUUUUUGGAAUUGUGCAAGCUGGCCUUUCACGAUAUUUGAAUCAAAGAUACGCUACGCUUGAAUCGAUCACCUCACCACUAGUAGCGGAAGCAAUUGCGCUCCGAUCCGGUCUCCUCUCUGCAGUGGAACUUGAGCAUCAAAAGCUCAAAGCUUUCUCUAACAACCUAAAGCUCAUCAGAGCCAUCAACAACGACUUGCAGGUAAAAGAGAUCUUUGGUAUUGUCAAAGAUAUCCAAAGGAUCUCAUCUGCGUUUGUCGAGAUAUCUUUCUCUCAUCUCUCUCGAUCGCUGAAUGUGGAAGCGGAUCGAUUAGCAAAACUCUCCCUAUUUUCGUCUCGUGUAUCUGACCCAUCUUUGGGCUAA